AUGGAUUUUAAAAGUUUGGUGACGGAUGAUGGUAAAGAAGAAUCAGAAGCUUUGAGACUUAGCCAUAUGUGUCAUCAAGCAACUAAGUUGGCUUGUACUGCAACUUCUUCAAAUGAGGCAUACACAAUUUUCAUGGAAGAUAUAGAUGAACUAUCCAACAAGCUGUCGGAAUAUUCUUGUCAAGAUGCAACCAUUACUUCUUCAACAAAAGGUGACACAUGUACUAAUAUUGACUCUUCUGUACCGAGCAAAAAUGGGAGAGAGUGUGUUGGAUUUGUGCUGUGGAAGUGGGGAUUUAGCGUUUCUCGUCUGAGAAAGUUGGGUCUAAUGGCAAGGUGGGUUGAAGGUGAUGCAACUGAUUUGCCGUUUUCUGACCGUCACUUUGAUGCCAUCACUAUCGGUUAUGGGCUAAGAAAUGUAGUAGACAAAUAUAAGGCCAUGGAGGAAAUUAAAGUUUUGAAAGCAGGCUCGAGGGUAUCGAUCCUUGAUUUCAAUCAAAGCACCAAUGCAAUUGUUUCAUCAGUUCAGGAAUUGAUGAUUGACAAUGUUGUUGUCCCGGUGGCUUCUGAUUUUGGACUUGAGGAGGAUUACAAGUAUUUAAAGAGUUCAAUCAGGGAAUUUCUGACAGGUACUCCUGGGAAUUGUUCUGUUUGGAGGCCUUUAGGCAUAGCCUUAAUAAGCGGUUAAGUGGAGUGGUUAAGCGGAUAGUAGGGUACUAGUUUGUUGAUUAAAAUCUUUCUGUGAACACAGGGGACGAGUUGGAGAAGCU